AGUUUCUUGCUGGGCAGUGUCGGUUCAGGUUCAUCGACGCUCCGCACGCGCUGCCGCGAAUUCUUCAGUGCUGAAAAACCAAGACGCGUCUUUUUCGGACCCAAAAAAAAAGAAAUAUAUAGAAAAUACAUCCGAACGUAACGUAAUCUUCGCAGUGCGCUUGCAGACUCCCCCUCCAACCCGCCACACAAUAACUCUCUUUCUCUCUCUCCGCGAAGAGAGUUUCAGUGGUUGGCUUGGAUAGGUCUUGGUGGUUCGGUGGUGCCGUCGCUGCUGCCGAAGCUCUGCCGACGCCGACGACGACGCCACGUCGGGAAAACCAACCUCUUGCAGUGAAAAUCUUUUCGUACGUUUUCGUUAUUUGUUAUUCGCACGUUGACGCGUCGAGACCGCGAAACACGACAGCACGAAACUGCAGUCCAAAUUGCAACUGCAACUGCAACUGCAAGAAUAACGAUCGCGCGUGCAACAACAGCAAUUCGAAAUCGAAUAGUGGCAAGCCGCAAAGUAUCUAAACGCCUAGAAAUCCGUAAACUAAACUCGUCAAAUCAGUUAAAACCAAGUGAAAAGUGUGUGUCUUACCAGCCCAUUAAGUAAUAUAAAUCAAUUAAAGCCGCAAAACACACAAUAAGCCAAACACGCAAACGCAGCAUAAGCACAAAUAAUACAUGAAAUAAAAAGAAGUGUGAUAUUUUGAUAUUAGCAAUUAGAGUUUACACAACGCAGCCUAAAAAAUAUUUGUUAAAUGUGUUUGCCACCCCGAAGGCAAAAGCUACAAAUUGGAUAAUGCUUGGAUAAUUCCCCUCCUACAAAAAACUUAAAGACUAUGCCAGAUCUGCAGCGAUUGGACUCGGCCACCGUCUAAAUCAAAGAGUCCCAAAAGUCCCGCCAGGUAGCGAGGAAGAAUCCCAGGCCACGCAGGCUGGAUAUCUUGUGGCCAGGGGUGCCGAGGCCUUCGCAGCUGCAAGAGCAGCCAGCCCAAUCCCCACCAGGAGCCUCCAAUCCGCAGGAGAAGCCGCCGCUAAAGCCGCAAAAAGUUGACCUCAUGACGAUGGCAGAAGGCACCGACCCCAUGGGGCAUGGUCACCACACGAAUCCGCACAAUCCGCCCCAGCAGCCGCCGCAGCACCACCCGCACCACCUGCCCCUGCCCCACCCUCCGCCGGCACCGCCGCCGCAGCUACUCAAUUUCAACCACCACCAGCAGCAGUAUCUUCCCCACAUGUAUCCUGCGGCAGCGGCUGCGGCUCAAUCUCACUCCCACUACGGUGGCCUGCAGUAUCCCCAUCCACAUGCGCUGCAGCACCAGCAUCAUCCCCACCAGCACCAGCACCACUUGCCGCUGGCCUUGAGCCUCCAUCAGCAGGCGGCUGCUGCGGCCGCAGUGGCUGCAGCGGUGGCCACCAACCACUCCAACAACAACAAUCAAGCCAGCGUGGCCAACAAUAACAUAGUGGUUCCAUGGAAGCAGCGCAAGCGCAAGAGGCUCUCAGCGGUGCUGGACAAGCUGCACCACAAUAAUAAUAAUAAUAACAACAAUAAUGAGACUCACUCCAAUGGCAUGGCCUGCAAGGCGGAACCCAUGGAUAUGAAGGGGGAUCUGGCCGAAGAUGCCGAACAGGAUGAAGAUCAUGAUGGGUCCGUACCCGAUGAGGAAGAUGAUUCCUUAGAUCGGGAUGGGGAUGCUGGCAAGUACAUCAAGAGCGAGCAGCCCGUCAGCGAGGACGAGGAGAACGAACAGGAAAUGGACCAAGACAUCGAGGACAUUUCUGGCGAGGAUCUCGAGCUGUCGCACAGCGAUGAUAAUGACCAGGACAGCCCCAGGAUCAGCAUGAGUCCUCUGCAGCUGCAGGCCGCCCAGAGCAAUCUGCCUCAAGACCAGAACCAGCCGAUGAACAAGGAGAAUCCGCUUCAUGUGGACAUCAAGACUGAGAUCCCCAGCCCCUAUGAUAGGUAUUUCCCCAUACCAUCUCCUCUGUUCGGCUAUUACCUGCACACCAAAUAUCUGAAUGAGGUGUUCCGCCGGCGUCAUGAUCUCUAUCCCUCGCCUCUGCAGCACACUCCAUCUUCCAUAGCCUCCGAAACGGAGACUUCACCCACUUCUCAGGAGCGCAAGAGUAGCUCCAACCACGUCUUGCCCCACGCUCUGUUGGCCAAUAAUUCACCUCCGCCAUCGCUGCCAUCGCCACCGCGCAGCGAAUCCUCGGUGACCAACAAUGUGGCCACCACCACCACUAGCAGCACCACCAAGAAGCGCAGCAGUCCCAAGCCCAAGGGCAAGAAGGGCGAGAAGAAGCCCAUGCCACCGCCGCAAGAGCGACCCUUGGAUCUGUGCAUGCGCAACGAAGUGGAGCCCAAGAAGUACAAAAAGUCCGGCUCGAAAUCGUCUCAAGAGUCCCGUUCCGCCGGUAUGAUGCCGCCGCCGCCGGCUCUGAGUGCGGCCAGCAGUUUGGAGAGCAUGAGUGCCCUGUCCCCGGCAUCGAGUAGCCACUCGGGUCACAUGCCCAUCACCAGCGCUGCUACACCCAACCACCAGCCACCGCCCAAUUCCCCCUAUGCCAAUGCCAUGAACGCUGCCCAUGCAGCGGCAGCAGCGGCGGCGGCAGCCAUGAUCAAGAUGGAGAUGCCUUUGCAUCCGCUGCACCACCAGCAGAUGCAUCACUCGCAAGUGCCCACCACCACAGUGGGUGUGCCGGUGAUCAAGGGCGAUGUGGCCUCGCCCACAACAAAGGAAACGGUGGCCUGGCGUUACAAUCUGGACGUGUCGCCCGUGGUUGAGGAGAUGCCGCCCGGUUCGGAUGUGGCCUAUGUAUGCCCCACCUGCGGACAGAUGUUCUCGCUGCACGACCGCCUGGCCAAGCACAUGGCAUCGCGUCACAAGUCCCGCAAUCCCGCCAAUGAUAUUGCCAAAGCCUAUUCCUGCGAUGUGUGCCGGCGAUCCUUUGCCCGCUCCGACAUGCUGACCCGCCACAUGCGCCUCCACACCGGAGUCAAGCCGUACACGUGCAAGGUGUGCGGUCAGGUCUUCUCCCGCUCGGAUCACCUGUCCACCCACCAGAGGACCCACACCGGCGAGAAGCCCUACAAGUGUCCGCAGUGCCCGUAUGCCGCCUGUCGUCGCGACAUGAUCACCAGGCACAUGCGGACCCACACGCGGUACGAUUCCAGGGGAGGAUCUCGAGAGGGCAGGGAAGGACGCGAGGGACGUGAGGGCAAGGAGAGCCGCGAUUCGCGCAGGAGCAACGACCGACUCGAGGAGCCCAACUCACCCGGUUCCCAUUCGCUGCUGGACAUGAAGAUGAACAUGAACAUGGGCAUGGGAAUGGGCCUCAAUAUGGGCCUGCCCAUGAAUCCGAUGAGUCUGCUGCAGGAGGAGCUGCUGCAGAAGUCCCAGCCGGGCCUGACCCUGGGUGGACCCAUGCCACUGGUGGUCAAGACGGAGAGCGCCUAACGGUGUCUGUAUGCAGCAGCAUCCAGACCAUUUAUGACCUGUUAGGUAACCACUAUCCAAUCUCCAUUUAAAUGGCCCAGCUUAGUGCUACAGAAAAAUAUCUGAAAAAAGGAAAGAAAUGAAAACAUAUUAACUAGAGCAGUUUGUACUUGUACCGGAAAUCUCUGCGAAGACUGAGGAACCUUAAUACUACCUACAGUUUAAAUAGGCUAAAGAACCAUCAACUAAUUUUGUAAAAGAGGAGUUAGAGGGCAGCACUCAUGACCACCCAACGUAUUAGAAGUUUAACUAGUUCUAGUUGCUAGAUCCUUACGCGUUAAAUGAACCCCCAGGAGUUUAGAUAGCCAGGAUCUUCGAUACAGCUAGCAAUUCCAUGUUCCACACCUAGGCUAUACUACACCAUACAUAUAUAUAUAUAUGGGUCAGAUCCAUCGUCCCGAUGAUCUGAUCUCUCAGCAUUUUGAGCAACGUUGAAAUUACUAAGUUAGACUCGCUACUUAGGCUACAUAGGCACGCCGCAUUGGAUAAGGCAUUACUUUUGUACUCCUAAUUUUAAUUAACUCUUAAUUUAUUUGUAACAUUACUCAGCAGAAUGUAAACUUAUACCACAACGAUUUGUAUUAAUUUAAUUUUACCUUAUUUAAUAUUUAAUUUAACUUAGUUUAGGGGAUGCCUACACAAAAACACAAACAAAAGACAAAGAAUUCUCCCUAGGGCUCAAAAAGAAAAAGAAACGAACGCUACACAAACUCAUUUCUAUAGAAAUCUUAAAUCUUUAAUGGAAAAGAAAGACAAAAAGAAACAAUUCCUUUUUUUGUUCAACAAAAACACUGUUAAAUUUACAUUACCUUUGUAAUUGAUUUAAUGUUUGCUCUUCUAUCACCUUACUACUUUUUGUUUUCAUGAAAUGAAAUAAAAACUUUUAAGUUUUCUUUAGUUUAUAAACCAUCUGUGGAUUGGAGACACCUCACCCCUUCCCGCUCCCACAAGUGGGGACACGUUAACCCGUUUCUGCCCCCAGGGGUGGGAAUAAUCACCUUACCUUUCGUGGUCGUUUACAUGUUUCAAGUUAAAGUUUUUCGUUAUUUAUUAUAAAAAGAAAUGAAACAAAGCCCCGACUCCCGCUUAUUGAUUAUUAGUUCUUAGCUAAACGUUUAAAUAAAUUAUUAAUUUAUGUUAUUCUAGUUGGUUAUGAUUAGCACUUAGUUAAAAACGUUUUUCACAAAAUAAAACAAAACAAAGUCUAUACAUGAUGGACAAUGUCAUACAAAACAGAAUUUAAA